UCCGGCCUUAUUUUGAAGGGUUCAACGGACGUCUUCCUUUCUCAUGCUUGGAACUUGACACUGUUAAUGGAGCGCCUAGUGAGCAGAGUAGCUUCACCGAUGUAAACUCUGCUGCUGACCGAUGAUAGUGAACCUUCGGCCGUUUGAGCUACUACGUUUCUGAGUGGUCGUCAUGAGCAUGGCGGACCGGGAGGAGCGCCGCUUCGCCGAGGUUUCCCGGGAGUCUGUCAAACUCAUGGCCGAGAGUGCAGGCGUGGACCUCGGCGACGAUGUGGCCUCGCUACUGGCGGAGGACGUGUGUUACCGGCUCAGGGAGGCAACGCAGAGCAGCUCUCAGUUUAUGAGACACGCCAAGAGGAGGAAGCUGAUGGUGGAGGACUUCAACAGAGCUCUGCGCUGGAGCAACGUGGAGGCCAUCUGUGGCUAUGGGGCCCAGGAUGCGCUCCCUUUCCGUUCAGUGAAAGAAGGAGAGCUUUUCUUCGUCGAGGACCGGGACAUCAACCUGGUGGAGUUGGCUCUGGCCACCAACAUUCCCAAGGGCUGUGCUGAGACCAUGGUGCGAGUGAAUGUGUCGUACCUGGAUGGGAAAGGCAACCUGGAGCCUCAGGGGACAGUUCCCACAGCAGUGCAGUCUCUGUCAGACGACUUGUUGAAGUACUACCAGCAGAUCACACGGGCCAUCCUAGGAGAGGACCCCCACCUCAUGAAGGUGGCUCUGCUGGACCUGCAGUCCAACUCCAAGAUCGCCGCACUCCUGCCAUACUUUGUUUAUGUUAUCAGUGGGGUGAAGUCAGUGAGCCAUGAUCUGGAGCAACUCAACCGGCUUCUCCACAUGGUGAAGAGCCUGGUCCAGAACCCCUUCCUGUACCUGGGCUCAUAUGUGCGCAGCCUGGUAUCCAGCGUCAUGUACUGCAUCCUGGAGCCGCUGGCCGCCUCCAUCAACCCGCUCAAUGACCACUGGACCCUCAGGGACUACGCAGCACUGCUCCUCAGCCACAUCUUCUGGACUCAUGGUGAUCUGGUGAGUGGUCUCUACCAUCAGAUCCUGCUGUCGCUCCAGAAGGUUCUGUCUGACCCAGUGAGACCGCUCUGCUCCCAUUACGGAGCCGUGGUGGGGCUUCAUGCUCUGGGAUGGAAGGCUGUGGAGAGGGUGCUCUUUCCACACCUUCCUGCCUACUGGGCCAACCUCCAGGCUGUGUUGGAUGACUACUCUGUGUCCAAUGCCCAGGUCAAAGCAGAUGGACAUAAGGUGUAUGGAGCCAUCCUGGUGGCAGUGGAGCGCCUGCUGAAGAUGAAGGCUCUGUCUCUGUCUCAGCCGGCAGAGGGAGGCUCCAGUGGUCAGCUGGGCUCUGUGGCAGGCGCUAUGGGCUACAGGGUGAGCUCCCCCGGCCUGAGCCCCCCUCCAGAGCCCCUGUCAGAGGCUGCCCUGGGAAUCGCCAGCCACCUUCAGGCGGGCGGGGCUGGCUGUCCCUGGGAGGAGUGGACCCCAGUCCCUCUGCCCGCCAUGUACUGCGAGCUCUACUCCUUCUUCGGAGACAGCCUGGCCGUCAGGUUCAGUACAGGUCCCGGCUUCGGCAGCUACCCCCCCUGCACCCCGUCCCAGCUCGGGGACGCCAGGAAGGAACCCCCCGGCCUCGCCUCCAACCCUGAUACCACCCGAAAGAUGCCACAGCUGACUGCCAACCUCAACAUCAGCCCCAGGCAGGAUGGGAGUCCCCGCACUGAUCCGCCCCCACCCAGCCUGGCAGCUACCGGACCUGGAAGGUCCUUGGCUCGCUCCUCCUCCUCCUCUUCCUCCUCCUCUGUGCAGCGCUCCAGAUCUUCCUCAUCACGUUCAGGCCAGCGUUCGGCUGGUCUGUCUCGCGACGUUUUCCCCAAAGCCCGCUUCACCUCCCCUCAGACUGGAAUCCCGGUGUUCGCCUUCCUCAUCGGCGGGCGGCAGAUGGGUCGCCGAUGCCAAGGCCGCCGCCCCUUCCAGACCACCUUCGCCCCAACUCCACCUCUUCCUGCCAUCCCGCCACGUGCCUAUGCUCACAAACUGCCUGUCAUUGGCAGGGUGGGCAAACCUGUACACCGCUGGGCGUGUUCCCAUUACUCCCUACAUCUGCCGCUCUAGGGAGGAGCUUCAGACUGCAGAGCUACAGACUAACAGACCCUUGUUCACAUUCUCAGCUUUUAUGAUAUUUCAUAGUUCAAGUUGCAAGGAUUCAGAUUUCUUAUCAAGGUGGAGAACAAUAUUGGAUAUAAGUCUUUAUGGUCAAUUCCAACUGAUUUAAAGCUGCUAUAUGUAGUAUUUGAAAAUGUCUGACGUUGGCACCCCCUAGUGGUGGUAUCAAAGAAGACAGUGGUGGACAGCAAAGUCCAGCACUACUCCACCUACGUACACAACCCACUGAAACUGCACCAGCUUUCACUAGGAGGGAUUCAUUUUUCUACAAACAAACUUUUUAACUUCUAAGAAAGAUGCUACAACUACAUAAAAACUCAGCAUAUAUGAGCUUUAAUAUGAAGUGACGCCGGCAUGGACCACAACAAUGUAAUCAGGAUACAUGUUGUUUUUUUCAUAUUUUGGCUUUUGAGCCAGGAGGCAAGUCAAUCAAGAAACCAUUUCUCACUUUGACAUCAGAUAGGCAGCAUAAUAAAUAAAUAAAUAAAUAAAAUAAUGGCAGUUUCCUGUAUGUGUGCGGUGCUGUUGGUGUGCAGCUGGUAUACUAAUUUAUGCCCCAAGGACAAACACCCUGCAUUAUAAAUAGUAACACGUAGUACUACUCUUCCUUUAUUCCCUUCUCCAUCCACAGCUAUGAAUGAUGCACAUCAGAAGUGAUUUAGAAGUGGGUAUACCCAAUGCAGACAGACAAUACCCUGCACUACACCACUGCACACGUGUUGUCAAAUUGCUUGUUAAUGAGAAUUAUUAUAUUAUUAUUAACGUUAUGUGUUGAAGAUGUUUUCUUGAUUAGAUUUGCCAUUUAUUUGGCCACUGAAACGUUAAAGUUAUGAACACAACACUGACUUAUUGUCACCUUUUUAAGUUGAUACGGUGAAUCUGUUAGUAUCAUUUGGAGUCAUGUUCAUGUCCCGAUGAAUGUAAGUCCAAUAUUCACGCUGUUGUUGUUGUUUUAGUCUCCUCCAACUCUUUAUCUGCUGAAUGCUCCACUGUGGCCCCUUUUCCACCAAAUUAGUUCUGGUUCUUGACCCAGUUCUGUUUAAGAUUCUUAGAACCAUGCUGCCAUCUAGCAGCCAGUCCACAUUUCCACCAGUUUUGAGUGGAACCAUAGUAAUCAGAUGCAUUAUCAGCAGAGGGCUCUGUACAUUGCACAUGCAGAAUAUGACGUGCCAGCUUUGCUUUUGGUCGAAAUGCUCUGAACAGCUCAAAACUAGGUCCUUGAACCGGAAUGUGGUCGAUUCCCUGUUGGUGGAAAAAGGCCUGUGUUCAUCCGAGUGUCAGUAACAGGAUCCCACACACAGGAGAGACUAGAAACUAUGGAGUAUGGAGUGAUGGGUAGAAUGGUUAUUCCUCCCUGACUGAAUACCUGCUGAGGACAGUUUAUAGGACUGCUUGUCUGACAUCUUGAACAUCUGCUGUUUUCAUAGAAUAAAAAUAUCUGUUGUAGUUUUGAAA